AGGCAUCAUGACUUGAUUAGUCAUGACUCCAUCGCCCCUCCAACUCACGCUCACACCAAGUAAACAUCACCAUCAAUCCCGUCAUCCGCAAUCAUGUCACAGCUCUCAAGACCUAUACCAGCCCUUUACGCCGUAUACGUGCUCCGUUCAACAAAGCGCCAUGCAUCAAUCUACAUCGGCUCAACACCCCAUCCUCCAAGACGUCUAAAUCAGCACAAUGGCAUAGCUCGUGGCGGUGCAGUGCGAACUGCAAAAGACACACUACGACCAUGGGAGGUUAUUAUACUUAUAACAGGAUUCCCCAGUUCAAUUGCUGCUCUGAAAUUUGAAUGGGCUCUAACGAAUCCUCAUUUAACGACACAUAUAUCAACCGAGGAGCGCAUAACGACAAGGGCGCCUAGGAAAAAAGGACAGCGAAAGUCCCGGAAGCCAAUCCACAGUCUGAGAUCUGUGGUAUCGAAUCUUCAUUUGCUUGUUGGUUCCAAAAAAGCUUGGGAUAAUUGGCUCAAGUAUAAGGAGACAACACCACGAGAGGGUAUCAAGAUCACUGAAGACUAUUCUCCAGAUGAAGGGUCGAACGGGACUAAAUCUGUCGAGUCCUGGGGUAUUCACGCUCUGCCACUGGAUUAUGCUCCUAUAAAGCCAUACGUCGAGAAGGCACACAACGUUGUGAAGUUUGAACGAGAAGGGAAUUGUAUCCAUUGUCACGAAGCACUAGAGUCAGGAAAAGGAUUACAACCAAUGUGUCCUCACGACGGAUGUGAAGCCAUGGGUCAUCUCGACUGUUGGUCAAAGCACGCCCUCAAGGAUGAACCCAAGGAGACAUUGCUUCCCUUGUCAUGCACAUGCCCAAGCUGUGGCGGCAAGAUAAACUGGAGCGACAUGAUGAAGGAACUGACUCUGCGCGUGAGAGGACCGAAGGAGGUUGCGAAAUUACUCAAGAAGAAACGGCGAACGAAGAAGCAGAUUGCGGCUGAAGCUGAAGCUGAAGCUGAGGAGGAUAUUUGA